CAUUAGAAACACACUUUGCUCUGUAGUUGUAUCCCCAUGAAUUUAUUAUAAUAUUCAUAAUCAUAAAAUGAAUGCAGUAAUAUGAAAUAGUGCAUUAAUUCGAUGGGAUAGACUGAAAGGUCGAGAUAAAAAAUCCUUAUAUUUAAAUUCGCACAUAUGUAAAAUGAAUUUUAUGUUAAAAUGAAUUUAGAACCGAACGAAUGUUACAUUUUUAGUACGUCUUUAUUUUUUAUAUUUUUUUUGUCAAAUAUGUAGGCUAAUAGAAAAUAGAAUAUAUUAAAAAAAAUAUUUUUAAUAAAAUUUAUAUGAAAUAAGUAAAUAAUUAGAUAAAUAAAAUUCAAAUAGUUAACAGUUUGAGAGAGAGAGAGAAAGAGAGAGAGAGAGAGAGAGAGAGAGAGAGAGAGAAAGAGAGAGAGAAAUUAGAUUGACGUUUUAGUUCAAAUGAGAAAUGAAUGAACUCCUUGUAACAUUUCCUGUGUUGACUUAGAGAGAAAGUGGGAGGGCAUUGAGUGUCUGUGUGUUUUCCUCAAUGUUCUUCCCGAUUGGACGAUAGGUCUUGGGCUUUACCCCUUCUCUCCACGAUGAAUAAAAGACUGCUGAAGAGCCUAUCGUCACCCUCGCUUUCUCCUCCCAGAAUGUGCGCCAAAGUUGGCCACUUCAACAACUCCCAGACAGCAAGCAGAUGCUGUAAUCACAACUAGCACCACAAUAUUUACUUACAAUUGCUUUAUAGAUUCAUACUGUGCAUUGCUCAUCCUACUCUUGUUUUUACACAAAGUGCUGUUGAGCGACAAAAUCUGACUUUUUUCAAUAGACACUGUGUCCACUGGAGUGUUUGGAUUUGUUCCUUUUUUAUUGCAUGUUUUAAAAGAUUGGACAGUUAACAGUUUACACAGCCUGAAAAGCACUGGACGUCUCCGUGUGACUGAUUUCUGUCAUUUAAUAGCCAGAGUUUGAAUUGAUUUUGGAGUAGUUGGCAUGGCUACUUUACCAGGUACAGUUCCUCGAAUGAUGCGCCCGGCACCAGGCCAGAACUACCCAAGAACCGGAUUCCCAUUAGAAGUGUCCACGCCUCUGGGUCAAGGUCGAGUGAAUCAGCUCGGUGGAGUUUUCAUUAACGGAAGGCCGCUGCCAAAUCACAUUCGACACAAAAUAGUGGAAAUGGCCCAUCACGGCAUCCGACCGUGCGUGAUCUCAAGACAACUGCGAGUUUCACACGGCUGCGUGUCCAAAAUCCUCUGUCGGUACCAGGAGACCGGUUCCAUUCGUCCUGGAGCUAUAGGUGGUAGUAAACCCAGGCAAGUUGCAACACCUGACGUUGAAAAAAGGAUUGAGGAGUACAAACGCGAAAAUCCAGGAAUGUUCAGCUGGGAAAUCCGGGACAAAUUGCUAAAAGACGGUGUGUGUGAUAGAGGCACGGUUCCUUCAGGUGAGGCCUCCUCCGUUAGUUCCAUUAGUCGGGUUUUGAGAGCUCGUUUUGGCAAGAGAGAUGAUGAUGAUGACUGUGAUAAAAAAGAUGAAGAUGGAGAGAAGAAAACCAAGCACAGCAUCGAUGGGAUUCUCGGGGAUAAAGGUAACCGCACGGAUGAAGCUUCGGAUGUGGAGUCGGAGCCGGACCUGCCCCUGAAGAGAAAGCAGAGACGCAGUCGUACCACCUUCACGGCGGAGCAGUUGGAGGAGCUGGAGAAAGCCUUCGAGAGGACACACUACCCCGACAUCUACACCAGAGAAGAGCUGGCACAGAGGACCAAACUUACUGAAGCUCGCGUGCAGGUCUGGUUUAGCAAUCGAAGAGCUAGGUGGCGUAAACAAGCAGGGGCCAAUCAGCUUGCAGCUUUCAACCACUUGUUACCCGGAGGGUUUCCACCCACCGGAAUGCCAACCUUAUCGACCUAUCAGCUUCCAGAAUCGACAUAUCCCAGCGCCGCUCUCUCACAAGAUGUAAGCAGUACGUUACACCGGCCACAGCCUCUGCCCCCGUCCUCCAUGCACCAGGGCGGGCUCUCUGCAGACAGUAGCUCCGCCUAUGGCCUGUCGUCCAAUCGCCACACCUUCUCCAGCUAUUCAGAAACCUUUAUGAGCCCAUCGGCUUCAAGCAACCACAUGAACCCUGUGAGCAAUGGCCUUUCACCACAGGUGAUGAGUAUUUUGAGUAACCCCAGUGCGGUGUCCUCUCAGUCCCAGCAUGAUUUCUCCAUCUCUCCUCUUCAUGGCGGUCUGGAGGCAUCAAACUCCAUCUCAGCGAGCUGCAGUCAGCGAUCAGAUUCAAUCAAGGGUGUGGACAGUCUGGCAUCGUCCCAGUCCUACUGCCCACCUACAUACAGCGCUACCGGUUACAGUGUAGACCCGGUCACCGCUGGUUACCAGUACAGCCAGUAUGGUCAGACCGCUGUCGACUAUCUGGCCAAGAACGUCAGUCUGUCGACCCAGAGGAGGAUGAAGUUGAGUGAUCAUUCAGCAGUGCUGGGACUUCUGCAGGUGGAGACAGGACAGGCCUAUUGAGUUCAUCCAACCCUUCUGCAUCUGAUCUGACCGUUAAAAACUCCAAAACGCACUGCUCUCAGACGCACACAUCUCUGUAACCAUGCCUGUGUUUCGGAGAGGUUUUCUUCAUGAUUCCUGAGAAAGAAACUGUUGUCAUUCCAGUUGAUGUGACCGACUGUCAUCUCAUAAAUCUGAGCAGGUGAACUGAUGAGAGAGCCAUGCAGCUGAACAGACGUUGUGUAUGAAUCUCAAGUCUCAUUUGCGCUUGUUUUCUAUCGAUAUUGUUAUUACGAUUGCCCUUACAAUUGUUAUUAUGAUUCUUGUAAGUAGUGUUUUGUUUCGUUGUUUCAGAAUUCACACUUUAGCAUUUAUUCUCAUUUGAACUUGAAGUCUUUACGUGAAAGGCAAGCAGUGGGUUCAGACAGCGGAGUCUUAUUGCUGGUUUUUCACUUUCCAGGCCCUGCUGCCCUCCUCACCCCUAAAGCCAUAAUGUUCUUGAAUGAUUUGACCUUCCAUGCCUUCAUAACUUCACUUGACACAUUCCAUACGCACAUGGCCACUCUGUGGGAAGUCUGGCUUUGGGCAUUCUGCUGGGAAUAAAUGGUGCUUUUAAAGGAUAAAUUGUUUUUUUUCCUCUCGAAUGCCUGCACUGUCCUUAGUAAUAAUAUUGGUGGAUUAUUAUUGUUUUUUUGAAAACAGGAUUUGGAAGAUGGGGCUUUUUCUUCUUACCGAGGACCCCAAUAGAUAAUCUUAAACACGCACGUUAUGCUUUUGGUAAUAAAAACAACAAAUGUUAGCUAUUUAUCAUUAAUUUAGGUUUGGUUGAAUUAAAUGGGCACAGUAAUUAAAAUGCACAAGUGUUUUUUAGUAGGGAUGCGCCAAUUUAUCGGCCAAUAAUCGGUAUCGGUUGAUAAAAGAAAUUUUAUCGGUUAUUGUCCGAUAGUUUAAAAACAGCCGAUAGUCAUGGCCGUUAUACUCAGGAAAAUGCAAUUAAUUUGAGCUCUGUGUAUAGAAAAUGUAAUGAAACAACACUAAUUAAAUUCAAUAGUAAUGGUCAUUAUAUGAAUGAAUAACAUUAAAAAAAAUUAUUAAUGGAAACUAUCGGUAUCGGCAGAUAUCGACUAUUGGUAAAAAAAUAUGGAAAAUGAAAUAUCGGUGCAUCUCUAGUUGUUAGUAGUGAUGCAACGAUGCAACAUUUCUGUGCCAAUACCGAUAUUUGAUUACUAAGAAUGACAUCUACCGAUAGAUACCGAUAGUUUUGAUUUUUACUCCUAGAUUUAUUCCUAAAUUGCCAGGAUAUAAUCUUCCCUGAUCAUCGGCUGUUUUUAAACAAUCGGCCGAUGUCCUAAAGUUGGAAAAAUGCUUUUAUCUGCCGAUUAUAGACCGAUAUAUCGGUGCAUUCCUAGUUUUUAGACCAAAGUACACUUUUUGACAACAUUCCUUUACUCUCUACCCCGAUUCUAAGCUUUUAAACUGUGAAAAUCCUAGCUUGCAAAGUGGUCAAACUUUUUCUUUCUUUCUGCCUGCUUAUCCAUACAUGCAUUUCCAAAUUUUUUCCUCCAGAAAUGACUCAAAAACCAACAUCAGGUCUCUUGUAAUUUAAGAUCUCAUGCAUUCGCAAGUACACACAAGAAAAACUAGUGAUUAUUUGACAUUUGUGUAGCACUCACAGGUGACACUUUGACACAUAAAUGGAAUUGUACAGUAGAUGACGAAGAUUGUUUAUUGUUUGUUUAUAAAGAAUAUGUUUUAUACUAAAACAAAAAGGUGUUGUGUGGUAGUUGAAGCAGGGCAUACGUGUAAGUCUUAUAUUGUAAUUUUGUGUUUAUAUUUACAUUUCUUUGCUUUUUAAUAGUUAUGUAUCAUUUAUUUCUUAGAAUUCAAAGUGUAUGUGAGGAGCUCUUGAUUAAAGACGAUAUAAAAUUUCACAUUUAGGAUUGUAAGGAAGUUGAAUCGUAUUGUUUAUUAUUCUGGCACUUAUGUGAAACAACAAUGAAGAAACUGAUCACUAAUGCUUAAUAUUGACAUUCAAACCAUUUGGAAGCAAAGACUUUGUGGUGAAACAGACUGUGGAAACACAGAGCAGUGUUUGGUGCUAACUGACUGCUUCCAACUCAAAUGGACUUCAAGCGACCGUUUUAUUGGAUGUCUAUAUGAAGAAUAGAACUCUUAAAGGAACCGCAUGACCCAAACCCCGCCCCCUUUCCCUUUCGACUGUUUAUAAAACCAUCACAAAUGAGCAAUGAAAUUCAAUUACUUCCAGAAAUAGGACCUUCCACAGCUAACGCCUUUGUUCAUAAACAUUUGGACUACAAAUGAUAUUACCCAUCACGCCUCCCUGUGAUGUCAAACUGGACAUCUGCUUUCUUUAGCAUUUGUGUUUCGGCUUUUCUCCAUCUUCUUUCAGCAUGUGUGUAUGUUACCAUGGUAUAAUUUAUUCUGCUGUAUGAAGUAGUAGCUUUAGUGAAAACCUUGUAUUUGGUAUUUACUACCUUCAGACUGUUGGUGUCUUUACUGUAACACUGGCAUAAAUGUUGUCAAUUAAAGAUCUAAAAUUCACACAUG